AUGUUCUUGAACAUGGCCUCUCCCCGGAGAUCAUUCAGCAUCCCAAUUAACAUCAACCUGCAGGGUGCUCGCAGGCGGCAAACACGAGAGCUCCUCGACAAGGUAACGGCCCGAGAAAAAGACGGGAGCGCGGUUGCGGAAGGCCAUGGGGAGCAGCGAGUUCGGAGCCAGAAGCCGGUGGCGAGCAUCGAGGAAGAGCGAGCCAUCUUGUUGGGCUUCAGCACGAUGGCCUUUGCACUCAUGUUCUUUGUGGUUGGAAUCACAAUGUUCAAACCGCAUGUUAACAGUAAGUGGGAGGAGGAGGGCAUUUGUGUGCUGCUGCACACUGAAAUCUUGGCCGAGUGGGUAGACUGCAGAGGUGUGAGGAGCAUGACAUCCCUGGCGGUCACCGUUAACCUCACGGGCUCCAAUCAAAAAGCCUUUCUGCACUAUGAUGAGGAGUCAGUGCUGCUUACGCCCCAAGUUCUUUCUUUGCAGUGUUUUUACAUCCCCAAAUGUAAAAUGGAUCAAACAGAACUUGAAGGUGAAGCCCUCAAGGUGAAAACCAACUUGGACUCUCAGCUGGGAAGUGCCUCCUCGUGCCUCACAGACCUCGCCAGGCACCCCGGGGAUGUCAUCUUGAGCAGAAAGUACACUCUGACGAGGACCCUGUAUGCUCUGCUGUGGCCUAGCCUGAUGCUGGCCGGCGGAGUCCUGCUGGUGGGCCUGGUGAAAAUGGUGCACUGUCUUGUUCAUCUGUCGGGGGAGAUAGGCAGCGUGACGGCGAUGACUUCCAGAUGCAGUCAGGGCAAAUUCUACAAACUCAUCCAGAGGUCGGCUGUUUCCUCGCCUAUCUGACUGCGAUGUUGACGUAAAAAAUGUUGACUGCCCAUCCAAGGGAACAUCGACCUUCCCAAUAUGGUCGCUACGUUGGCACGUCGGUUAGCCUGGAUGCUACAGUGCGCCUAUCUGACUGCGAUGUUGACUGCCCGAUGAUAGCUGGGAUAGGCUCCAGCACGCCCGCGACCCUGGUGAGGAGAAGCGGUUCAGAAAAUGGAUGGAUGGAUGGAUAGUUGAACACAAACGUUGCAGCAUCACAUAUCAAUACUUACAGGUAUACAUUCUUCAUCCUCUGCAGAAAGCAACAAAUACUACUGCAGGUUACUGUCACUUACGGUAGAUGUGAAACUUCAUUUGUCUGCGUGACAUUGUACCGACCCCUGGUGGCCAAGCCACAUACUAGAAGGAGCUUCAAUUAAUUUAUCAAAAUGCACUAACUUUCAUUCUUUACAUUUAAUUAUGUUAUGACUAUGUUUUUAUAAAAUACAUUAGAGUGCUAAUAAUGGCAUUAAUUCAUUUCAAUCGAGGCACAUGGUUUGAGAUACGAGUGUUUUGGUUGGGCGCGGAACAAAUUAUACUCAUAUCUCAAAGCACCACUGAAUUGAGUUUUCAUACAGCAUAAGCCCAGCCCUUAAGAAUAGAAUAAAGAAUCUCCCUCAAUAAUGAUUUAUUGCUGGAAAUGUUUUAUUUCUUUCGUCAAAAAAAAUCACAAUUGAGCAGAAGUGCCAUUACACAAACAUUUCAUGUUUGUUCACAGUAAAAUAAUAAAGAUCAUUAUUUUUAUAGGGAGAAAUGCUUUAUUUAACAAUGGAUACGUACAGUUUCUUAUCAGACGUCAUAUGAGGAUGACUAAAACAAGUAUUUGAGGAGGCUUUAUAUUUAUAAUAUAUAUGUAGAUAUGUACACAGAUGGAUAGAUAACAUAUGGACCUUUUUUUUUUUUUUUUUUUUAAAAAGGCAUGCAGGGUAUCUUUUUUUCCCCUCAUUGUGCUUUUUGUGAAAGCUGUCAUCAACCCAUGUCCUUCAUUCAUCCACUCAAACUUUUGUCUUUCAUAUUUUUUUCAACAACUACAAGCUGUCUACUGGGUCACUAUGAGGAUGAUCAACAUUUUUUGUUGGGUUUUUUUUGGGUUAGCAAUUCCAUAUGAGUUUGAUUAUAUUUCAAAAAAUACAAAAAUAUAUUACCUCUGUAGUUAUUCAAGGGGGGGG